AUGGAGCCGGAGAACUCUACCAGUGGAGUGACAGAAUUUCUUCUUUUGGGUCUCACAGCAAACCGCCGUCUGCAAUAUGUCCUCUUCAUAGUGUUCCUCACAGUCUGCAUUACCAUUUGGUUGGGCAACCUCACAAUAAUCAUCACAGUGAUCACCGACCAUCGACUUUGCUCUCCAAUGUACUUUCUGCUGGGAAACCUAGCCUUCAUCGAUCUCAGUGAGUCUUCGGUCACUGUGCCAAAGAUGCUGUGGGACCUUGCAUUGCAACGCAGGGUUAUCACUUUUGGUGGCUGCAUGGCACAGAUGUUCUUCUUUCACUUCACUGGAGGAGCAGUAGUCUUUCUGCUCAUGGUGAUGGCAUUGGACCGCUAUGUGGCUAUCCACAAACCACUUCAAUAUCUCACUAUUAUGAACCAUGCUACUUGUGUGGGGUUAGUGGCAGGAGUGUGGUUGGGUGGUUUUGUUCAUUCCAUUGUUCAGAUAGCUUUAAUGAUCAGAUUACCAUACUGUGGACCCAAUGUCUUAGAUAACUACUACUGUGAUAUCCCUCAAGUUAUCAAACUGGCCUGUACAAAUACAUUUGUGUUAGAAUUGCUAAUGUUCUCUAACAGUGGACUUCUCACCAUCAUUAUAUUCAUCAUUUUGGUUGUGUCAUACACUAUCAUCUUGGUCAAGAUAAGAGUACACGUCACGGAAGGGAAAAGGAAGGCUCUUUCCACCUGUGGGGCCCAGAUCACAGUUGUAUGCAUCCAUUUCAUACCCUGCAUUUUUAUCUAUGCUCGACCUUUUCAGGAAUUUGCCAUGGACAAGGGUCUUUCUGCACUCUACACAGUCAUUACACCAAUGUUAAAUCCCCUCAUUUACACACUGAGGAAUACCGAGAUGAAAAGUGCCAUUAGGCGGUUAUUAAAAAGAACUGCAGCUUCUUUUGGUGGAGCUAAAGGGAAAUGA